AAAAAAAAGUCAACCAAUCUCUUGUAGAAACCAAUUUAUGACUCUCCUAUACAAAAUUCUAUAAAUAUCCACUAAAACGCCAUAAUUUAUCUCCACUCUUCUCAAAGAAUAUAAACACACUACUACUUCCUGAGAUUUUGUUUCAGAGUUUUUCUGGUACACAAACAAAUGGCUCCAAGAACCUCUCUUGCACUCUUCCUUUUCCUUAACCUCCUCUUCUUCACUUACACUACUGCUCAAGGCACUUGUCCUAGAAAUGCCCUUCAGAUCGGUGCUUGCACUAAUGUGCUCAAUGCAAUUGACUUAACAUUAGGAAACCCACCGCCACCAGUACCGCCGUGCUGCUCGCUCAUUGCAGGCUUGGCUGACCUUGAGGCUGCAGUCUGUCUCUGUACCGCGCUCGACGUUAACGUUCUUGGCAUCAACGUUCACCUUCCCAUCGAUAUCAGCGUACUUUUAAAUGCUUGUAGCAGAUUUGCUCCACCAAGUUUCCAAUGCCCGUAAGUUGAAUACGUAUGAGAUAUCUGAAGACAUACCGAAAAAAUAAAGGUUGAACUUGUUGCCUGUAGUCUUUUGCUUUUAAACUGGUGAUUUCUUUUGUAUUUGUAACUUUCUUCGAUUGAAUAAAAUGAUGAGUGUAACGUUCUCAUGCAAUAAUGGGUUUGUGUGUGUAAUCGCCAUGUUCGUUGCCCUUUUACUUCAUUGUUCUACCUUACCUUCGUUUGUAAAACGUUUCGUUCGAAUUUGAUUAAUAAAAGCUUCAAUCGGUGUUAUUGUCUA